AGCAUCUGUAAGUGGAAUCGUUAAUGUAAUUGAAUACACCUGUGCUUUCCCACUGUGAUGUGUAAAAAUGUCUGCCAUGAAAAAAAGUCUGUAGCCUAAAGAGCAGCAGUGAGUUGUUGGUGGAUUUGUUGCCCUGGGUGUUACCUCUCAGGUUACAUACAGGUUGUCCUACCUUUAGAGGAGGUUAUUCGGGCUGUAUGCAGCCUGUGAGGAAGACUGCAGGAUUGACUUGACUUGAAUUUGAAGGACAGUUUUCUUUGUGAUAAAGAUGGAAAUACAGCUCCACCAGGCUGCAAUAGAAAACCCUCCUCUGUAUCUAUAGGAAUACAGGAGCGCUGUAUGUCCUCUAUCCUCCUUCUACUCUCCACCUCCCUCUGCAUAUAAGGGAACGCUGGCUGUGUCCUCCACCACCCCCCAUCCCCCCUCCCCACCACCACCACCACCACCCCUUCUCUUAGACACACUUUUCUGUCUGACACACUCUCUCAGGACUCCCCUGCGAGCAAGCUAGGCAGGUAGGUAGGUAAACUCAGCACUGGAUCAGAGUGAGACGCUGAGGGGAGAGAAAGAGGGAAAGAGAGGGGGUGUGUGUGUGUGUGUUUAUGUAUUUGUGUGUGUUGGGAGUGAGUGUGUGUGUGUGUGUGCGCUUGCUGCUGCAUCGCUGAGCUACAGAGACCGGAGGCAAGGAGAGCUGGAGCGUUUGUCCUUGAGACUGACUGACUGACUGCAGCUGUAGAGCGGAGGACCAACCAGCCAGCCAGUGGAUGAAACUGACAACAUCUGGGCAGGAUGUCAGUGAGGGGCUUGGACCCCACCUGUCCCUCCUCUAUAAAGCGUGAGCCCUCCAGCCCUAGCCCCAGCUCCCAGGGAGACGUCAGCCCGGCCCAGCCCAGCCCCGGAAGUUCUUCCUCUGACACAAACUCCAGCUACGGGCCUCUGACAAAGGUCCAUGGUCAUAGCAAUGGACUGGACUCACCAGGCCUGUAUGGCCAUACAGCGGGGUUGGCCAACAAUGGAGGAACAAACAGGAGGUUUGGUGAGGAAGAAGGUCAAGUGAAGUGCGAGUUUAUGCUGGGCUCGGUGGCCAAGCGGCUCUGUCUGGUGUGUGGUGAUGUGGCCUCAGGAUACCACUAUGGCGUGGCCUCCUGUGAGGCCUGCAAGGCCUUCUUCAAGAGGACCAUCCAGGGUAACAUUGAAUACAGCUGCCCAGCGUCCAAUGAAUGUGAAAUCACCAAGAGAAGAAGGAAAUCCUGCCAGGCCUGUCGAUUUGUGAAAUGCCUGGCCGUGGGCAUGUUGAGAGAAGGUGUGCGUCUGGACCGGGUCCGGGGCGGCAGACAGAAGUACAAGAGGAGAAUAGACGCUGAGAACAGCCCAUAUCUGCACCCACAGAACGCCCUGCCCCAGAAAAAAACGUACUCUGUUGGCGGUGUGGUGGAGAACAAAGUAGUGUCUCUGCUGCUGGUGGCCGAGCCCGAGGGCAUCUUCGCCAUGCCGGACCCCACUGUACCUGAGAGUGACAUCAAGGCUCUGACCACACUGUGCGACCUGGCUGACAGGGAGCUGGUGGUCAACAUCGGCUGGGCCAAACACAUCCCAGGCUUUCCCUCCCUCUCCCUGGCAGACCAGAUGAGUCUACUGCAGAGUGGCUGGAUGGAGAUAUUGAUCCUGCGAGUGGUGUUCCGCUCGCUGGCCUUGGAGGACAAGCUGGUGUACGCCGAGGACUACAUCAUGGACGAGGAGCAGUCGAAGCUGGCAGGGCUGCUCGACCUCAACAACGCCAUCCUCCAGCUGGUGAAGAAGUGCAAAACCAUGGGGCUGGAGAAGGAGGAGUUUGUGGUCCUCAAGGCUAUUGCACUCGCUAACUCAGACUCCAUGCAAAUUGAGGACUCAGAGGCAGUUCAGAGACUCCAGGACGUCCUUCACGGGGCCCUCCAGGACUACGAGGCCACCCACCACCCAGAGGACCCUCGGCGGGCCGGCAAACUGAUCAUGACCCUCCCUCUCCUGCGUCAGACGGCCUCUCGCGCUGUGCAGCACUUCUGCAGCAUCAAACAGGAUGGCCGUGUGCCUAUGCACAAACUGUUCCUUGAACUGCUGGAGGCCAAAGCCUGACCUGAACACAGACAGUGGUUAGGUUCAUCCCCACCUCCGGUACAGAUGUCAGGAUGGGAGGAAGUGAAGGAUAACGGGUAACGGUGGGGUAUGACGCCACGUAUUUGUCCAUUUCAGCUUGCAUUUGACAGUAAAGUUUUGAAUUUGCAAUCGCCAGGAAGCUGCUGGAAUAUUUUUAGAGACGCACCCCUCCUACUUCCAACGAAUGUUUGGAAAAAGCAGUCAAAUUUGCGUUUAGUGUCUUGACGCCAUGGACGUUGUCAUCUUUGCUGUUUGUGACACUAAUCUAAGUGUAUUGACCUGCUUUGAAAGCUGAAGACAGAUGACCAGACAGUGUAACAGCAGAAGAAACCGCCUUCUAGAGAUAUUUACAGUUACAUGCCAAAAGUAGAGCUUCUUUUGUCAAAAGACCACCUGAUACUUGAAGAUCCUCAUGGAUUAUUUCAUCCAUGUUGAAGCCUGUUUAUCUGCAUUCUGAUGCAUUUAGAGAGCCUUUUAAUGAUCUGAUUUAUUUGUCCUUUUUGUAUAGAAAAGGUAAACGUGUCCUAAGAGACAUUUAAAUAAGUCUUGCCAAAGAGUAAAGACUCAUACUAUUGAAUAAUACCAGCAAACGUCCACAACAUUAUAAUGUGGCCUGUAAGACAUUCACAUAACCUGCAUCCCUGCUCUGUCGUGUAUCGCAAAAAUAUCUAUCUAGUCACUGCAUUCAUGUAUAGAUGAUUAAAGGGAAGCGAUUAAGUGAUCAGCAUCUCAUAACACAAUAAUCGGCCUCCUGAUUUUAGUAGAAGAUUUCAGGGAAAGAGUACUUAACAUGUCAUGAUACCACUGUAUUACAGCAAAGUGAUAUUUAUUUAAAGUGGCUCUGUUCUUUUGCUGUUUUUUAUUUACUAACGUGGCAUUAAUGGAGAGUAGAUUAAAGCAAUUACAGUGGAUAAAUAAUUUUUUAAAGAUUUUUAAAUGAUAUCAUUGUAAGAUAAUUUUUUUACUAGCUUCUCUGCUACAGCACUGAUACCUGUGUAUACCAUAUCAUGAAAUUCAAGAAAACAUGAUUUAGAAGUGGAGUCUGUACUUGAAGAUCAUAAUGUUGUAGAGAUGUGUAGACCCAUAGAUAUAACUUUAACUAUGUAAAAUGGCUGCCAUACUGUAUAAUCUGGAUUAGGGAGGUGCUUGAAGUCCUUUCUCUGGUAGAAAUCUAUGUGUAGGAUGAAAUUUGUGCACUACUUUUUGCUUUUAGCCAUAAUGUUUGGGGAAACUGGUGAUGGCGCUCUGUUAAUCUAGUGUGUUUUGUGUGAAGAGUAGCUCUAUCUGAAAUUUGUCUUUUUCCGCACAUGUUAAAUGAAGGGAUUAAACUCAGAAGGAAUCUCAGUACAAUAAACAAAAAGCCCUGCUCCUUAUUUUACUCCUUAAUGCAAGGUACUGUGACACUGUAAUGUGCAUAUUUUUGUGACAAGAGGAUGGCAGCAAUAUGACGGUUUAAAUGUAUGUUCUGUACAUUUUUGCUGUAUAUACAGUACAUCAUGUCCUAUGCCAACAGCUGAGAGAUGUUUCAAGAUGCAAAUAAGCUUUGUUUGGAUGAGCUGUGCCGUGCUAUUUCAUUCUCAGGUGGAUUCUUGGGCAAUAAAGAUGAUCCCCAUAAUGCAA